UUUAGACAGUCUGCCUAUUUGAAUCACUAAGUUCGCUAUAAAUGAGGUAAACGUGGUUCUUUAAAUUUUCUCAAAGUAAAAUAAUCUUUCCGUGAUCGAUCGGUCGCAUGUCUUUGGAGUAAGUGAACUCUUGUCUUAAAUAAUAUUUGAUUGAUAAUUAGCGCGUGUACGUAAAAACAUGUUUGUUGCACGUCAAAGUUUUACAGUGUAAAGUUGGACAGGGGAAACUCAUUGAUUACAGUUGCAAUUAAAAUUAUCUAGAGGACCAAAGACCUAACUAGUGAGGCGUACAGUGGGCCGUAUAACGGCACUAUAGCACACCACCUUACAUAGCUACGUUCGAAACGUCAUAUAACGUAACUAAGCGAGCUGAUGUUACUUCCAUCGGAAGGUGGCUAAACUGCUGACGACUUGAAAUUAUUGGUUGAUCAACAUUUAACAAAGUCGUUGCCAACUGCGUCCUGCAAUCUGAUAAUGAUGAAUAAUCUGCCAGCUCAUCGAACCAAGGCAGAUACAGUUUACGCGGAUCCUGCCAUUAUAACCAAUGAGGACAAUAACAAUGAAGUCGCUCAUCAUAUUGGAGAAAAUGAGGUUACUAUCAGACAAGGAACGACUCUCCAGCAAUUUUACGCUGGACAGUCUAUCUUUAUUACAGGUGGAACCGGUUUUCUUGGACACAUUCUUAUCGAAAAAUUACUACGAAGCUGUUCGGAUCUCUCAACAAUUUAUUUACUCGUACGACCAAAGAAGGGUAAAGACAUUCAAAACCGGCUAGAACAAAUAUUCACAAACCCGAUCUUCAAUCGCCUGAAGGAAGAGGUGCCAAAGUUUCGUCACAAAGUUGUGGCCGUAGCCGGUGACUGCAGCGCUCAAGAUCUGGGACUUUCUUCAGCAGACAGAACUCUUCUGAUUCGUAACGUGUCAACUGUCUUCCAUGUGGCAGCAACUGUCCGAUUUGAUGAAAAAUUGAAACUUGCAACGGCGAUAAAUAUACGCAGUACUGGUGACAUCAUCGAUUUGUGCAAACACAUGCCAAAACUGAAGGCUUUCAUUCACGUCUCCACUGCAUACGCGAACAGUCAUUUAUGGGAGAUUGAUGAACGAUUUUAUAAUUACCCAAUCAAACACAAUGACCUAUCGAAAGUGAUGGAAUGCCUACCGGAUAAUGUCAUAGAUGAGAUUACACCCAGAAUUAUCGGAAGUUGGCCAAACACAUACGCAUUCACCAAGGCCAUCGCCGAAGACCUCGUCAAAGAGAAAAACAAAGGAUUGCCAAUGGGAAUAUUCCGACCUGCAAUCGUUGUCUCCACUGCCAAUGAGCCUAUCGAUGGCUGGAUUAACAAUCUGUAUGGGCCGACUGGGGUAGUUGCUGGGGCUGCAACUGGCCUUUUGAGGACUCUCUACUGUGACGCUAAUAUAAAUGCUAAUAUUGUACCUGUGGAUCUUGCUGUGAAUGCUCUGAUAGUCAGUGCAUGGGACGUUGCUACACAGACUAACAAGAGAGAUGACGACAUGUUAAUAUAUAAUUAUGUGUCUUCGGUAGAGGCACCGUUGACGUGGGGUGAUUACUGUGAGACAAAUUUAAAAUAUGGUCAUCAGUAUCCACUGAGCAAUUCGAUUUGGUAUUUGUCCUUCAGAAUGAACAAACAUAAAAUAAUACAUUUGUUAUAUGUCUUGUUUCUUCACUUACUUCCCGCACUUCUUGUUGAUACUGUCAGCAUAUGCUUUGGUCAAAAACCAAGAUUAUGGAAGGGGUACCAAAAAAUUCACAAGUUCGCCACAGUCAUUGAGUAUUUCUGCAAUCACGAAUGGAAAUUCACGAAUGAUAACGUUCAAGCAAUGUGGCUUCGAUUGGACUCGAAAGAUCAGCAGCUCUUCAGAUUCAGCAUGAAGGGUUUCGACUGGCAAAAUUAUUUCAGUACAUAUAUGAAAGGCAUCAGGCUCUAUCUUUUCAAUGAGGAUCUCAGCACACUGGAAACUAGCCGAGCUAGGUGGAGGAAAUUCUACUGGAUGCACAAAACCCUAAAGACACUAAUAUUCUUUUCGAGCAUGUGGAUCAUAUGGCGCUUUCUUUCGAUAAUAUUCUUUUAAAACAUAGCACACGAGAGAAAAUCAAGAAUGUACCUUCAGAUCCUUGAUUGGAUCGACUUGGUGCGCAAUGUUUUUUUUAUCUGUAAAUAUUAGCCGUUACUUGUCUGGAAUUUCAUUGUUGUUGGCAAAUAAGACAUUCACAUCUUUUAUCAUCAUUUUUGUAAGUGAAUCACAGUAGUGCGAAACACAAUUUUAUGCUCACAUGGACAAUCAAUGCUGUACCGUGCGCGCAUAUCAUUCAUACGUUAUAUCAUGCCUGGUUCAGUAGCUUUGUACUAUUUUUCUAUCCUUUCAUCUUAUAAUUUGUUGAUCCGUGAGGUUUCAAUCGGACAAUAAAUACAUACUAUGCAUUAAUCAAUGAUAAUUGUUAGUUAAGACUACCAUUUACCUAUUCUAUAUAUACACGUGUACAUAGAAUAAUGACGUCAAAAUAGGAAAAAAAAAUGUAGAAGUCCUUAUUUCCUUCAUUUCAAACAAAUUCGUAAAUAUAGUGAUAUUCACUCUCCCAAAACGGGCUGUCCUCCCCACUUCGCGGCGAGGUAGAGGUAAAUGAAAUUAACGAAUUCAUACGUACAAGUGUCAGGGUUAUUAGUAUGUAGAGUGUACUUCGAUCCAGUCUGUUAUAUUAUGAAAUAUUAUAUUAUGAAAUUACCACUGCAGAAUUGGUAAAAUAUACAUAAAAAAUUAAACGCAACAGCCUGUCAUUAUGCCUCAUCAGAAAAGUGACAAUUCGUAGCAUUUUGUUUUUAAAGAAUUACUCAAAUUUUUGCAUCUUAUAAGAGAUUUCGCUCAGAUGCAUUUAAAUUCGUAACGUUCUGUAAUUAAAAGAACAAUAUCAGUUUUAAAGCAUUUCUCGCUUGUGAUGUGAUUAUUCCACUUACAUGUUGAUAAAUAGAAUAGGUGAAAAGCAGCCGUAAGUAAGAAUACCAUUAUAAGGAGAAUAAUACAAUUUAUUAAUAUCGUCUCAUGUUUCAAAUGUUUGAAGAAAUAAAUAUAUAAAUUAUGUCUCCAAUUUGGGCCACUGAAUGACUAUUAAAGGUUCAGGGACUACUUACGGUAAUCGUAUUUUUUACAAUUAUUUUUAAUCAGCGAUUUGUAAAGUCAAAUUACAUUACGGAAGCAAUAACAUACAAAUUGAAAACUAUAUGUGAGAAAUGCAGCAAAAAAAAUUCGAUAUAAAUGUAAUGCACAAUACUAUUUUGUUUCCAAUGAAAAAAAUAGAGACUUGAAGCUAUUUUACAGUU